CCGCCGCGCCCAGAAAGAGGCAGGAGCUGGGAAGAGAAAGCGAAAGCCGCGAGGCCCCGGCGCCGGGCUGGGAGAACACCGCUGGCAGACCAAAGAGGGAAACGGAGUUGAGACAGUAGGAGCGGAUUUCAGGCUCAGUCCCCAGCACCUAACCGACAGCCGCGCAGAGCUGCAUUCACGCCGCCGCCGCUGAUGGCGCUCCCUGACCUGAGGCCCUGGGCCUCCCUGCUGCUAUUGGACGCAAUCUUACUCUGGCUGCUUCAGGGGACUCUGGGGACUUUGCUUCCUCAAGGGCUUCCAGGACUAUGGCUGGAAGGAACCUUGAGACUUGGAGGCCUGUUGGGGCUGCUAAAGCUGUGGGGGCUUCUGGGAUUUGUGAGGACCUUGCUGCCCCUGCUGUGCCUGGGGACCCCCUUGUUCCUCUCUCUGAGAUCCUUCGUGGGGGGGACAUUGAGUGCUCCCCCAGUCAGAGUGGCUUCAGCCUCUUGGAGCUGGCUGCUAGCGGGGUAUGGGGCUGCAGUGCUAAGCUGGGCGGUAUGGGCUGUUUUGAGCCCUCCUGGAGCCGAGGAGAGAGAGCCAAGCCAGGAGAACAACAGAGACCUGAUGUGGAGGUUGCUGAAGCUCUCCAGGCCAGACCUGCCAUUCCUCUUGGCCGCCUUCUUCUUCCUUGUUACUGCUGUGUUGGGUGAAACAUUGAUCCCUCACUAUUCCGGUCGGGUGAUUGACAUCCUGGGCGGUGAUUUUGACCCUGAUGCUUUUGCCAGCGCCAUAUUUUUCAUGUGCCUGUUCUCUGUUGGGAGCUCAGUGUCUGCAGGUUUCCGAGGGGGCUCCUUUUUCUUCAUCAUGUCCAGAAUCAACUUGCGGAUCCGGGAGCAGCUUUUCUCCUCCCUGCUGCGUCAGGACCUCAGUUUCUUCCAGGAGACUAAGACAGGGGAGUUGAACUCACGGCUGAGCUCAGAUACCACCCUGAUGAGCCGCUGGCUUCCUUUAAAUGCCAAUGUAAUCUUGCGGAGCCUGGUGAAAGUGAUCGGGCUGUAUGGCUUCAUGCUAAGCGUGUCACCAAGACUCACCUUCCUCUCCAUGCUCGAAAUGCCCCUCCUAAUAGCAGUGGAAAAGCUGUACAAUAUGCGCCAUCAGGCGGUGCUGCUGGAGAUCCAGGAUGCAGUGGCGAAGGCAGGGCAGGUGGUGCGGGAGGCAGUUGGCGGGCUGCAGACCGUGCGCAGUUUUGGGGCCGAGGAGGAUGAGGUCUGCCUCUAUAAGAAGGCUGUGGAGCGGUGCCGGCAGUUGUGGUGGCAACGGGACCUGGAACGUGCUCUGUACCUGCUUAUACGGAGGGUGCUGACCUUGGGUGUGCAGGUGCUGGUGCUGAGCUGCGGGCUGCAGCAGAUCCUGGCCGGCGAGGUCACGAGGGGCGGGCUGCUCUCCUUUCUGCUCUACCAGGAGGACGUGGGGAACUACGUUCGAGCUCUGGUAUUUGGUUUUGGUGAUAUGCUGAGCAACGUGGGAGCUGCAGAGAAGGUUUUCCGAUACCUGGACAGAAAGCCCAACCUGCCUGAGCCAGGGACUCUGGCCCCUCCCACACUGCAGGGGAUUGUGGAAUUCCAAGACGUCUCAUUUGCAUAUCCCAAUCGCCCUGACCAACCUGUGCUCAAGGGGCUGACGUUCACCCUCCACGCUGGAGAGAUGACAGCGCUGGUGGGACCCAAUGGUUCUGGGAAGAGCACUGUGGCUGCCCUUCUGCAGAAUCUGUACCAGCCCACAGGAGGGCGGCUGCUGUUGGAUGGGGAGCCCAUCUCAAACUAUGAGCACCACUACCUGCACAGCCAGGUGGCUUUGGUUGGGCAGGAGCCCGUGCUGUUUUCGGGUUCUGUGAGGGACAACAUUGCUUACGGGCUGAGGAACUGUGAGGACGACAAGGUGAUGGCUGCCGCCCGGGCGGCCCAUGCUUAUGACUUCAUAAGUGAAAUGAAGCAUGGGAUAUAUACAGAUGUAGGGGAGAAAGGGAGCCAGUUGGCUGCAGGACAGAAACAGCGCCUGGCCAUUGCACGGGCCCUUGUGCGGGAUCCACGGAUCCUCAUCCUGGAUGAGGCCACCAGUGCCCUGGAUGUGCAGUGUGAGCAGGCCCUCCAGGCCUGGAAAUCUCGUGGGGACCGAACGGUGCUGGUGAUCGCUCACAGGCUGCAAACGGUUCAGAAUGCUGACCAGAUCCUAGUGCUCAAGCAGGGGGAGCUGCUGGACCACGCCCAGCUCAGGGAGGGCCAGGACAUCUACUCCCGCCUGGUACAGCAGCAUCUAGAGGAGUGAGGCCUCCGGACACUGGGACCUUCUCAGGACUAUUGCUGCAACCCAGACUCAGAGAAGCUCCUGCUCUGAAUUCCCCUGGGUUUUACCCUGAGUAGCUCUUCCUGGUGCUGGAAGCAUGAUGGAGAUUUGGACCAUGUGUACUUUUGGCAGGCUGGGGUGGGUGGGAGUGAGGGGAUGGCGGAUGGCUGUGGUGGGCUGUCUUGGGCUGGGUGGGCGCUGUCUUGUCAGAAACUUUUUUUCCCUUGGUUAAUAGUUUUGCCUAUGUGUAGUGUCUAGUGGCAUAAUAAAUAUGUUUAAAAAUGC